CGGUUUCGGACUCUCUAGUCGCCAUUUUAUAGUGACGAAGUUUGUAAAAAAAAUUCGUUGCUCUCCUUCUAAUCCUUAAUUGAAAAUGUCCCGAGAUAGAUUCAGAAAUCGUGGCAGUGGAAUGGGCGGUAUGAAUAUUUAUCGUCGAGGCGGUGGCGGUGGCCGUGGUGGUGGUGGGAUGUCAAAUUACCGUGGGCCCGGGCAAAUGGAUCAAAACCGCGGCCCCCAUUCGCAUCACCAGCAGCAACAACAACAACAAGCUACGUCGCAGCAGCAACAGACAGCUCAGCAAUCUCAGCCGCCGACUCAACAGAAGCCGACUGAAUCGCCUAAACCCGCACAGCAACCGCCGAAACCCACCCCGCCAUCAACACCAGCGACACAGACCACUGCUACACCAACUGCACAGACUCCGACUACAACCCCACCGGUUAAAAAUGAGCAGACCCCAUCAAAAUCGCCUGCUCCAGCAGCUCAACAGCAGCCGGCGCAAUCUACCCCCCCAACACAGACCAAUACUAAACAAGGCCCGCAGCAACAGGGCCCGAAACCACAGCAGCCUAAAAUAUCCUCGCCUGUUAAGCCAGGUCUAUCCCAACAGCAGCCGCAACAGCAGCAGCAUCAGCAGCCGCAGCAACAUCAGCAGCAGCAUCAGCAGCAGCAACAUCAGCGAAACCGCUUUGGGCCUAACAAUAAUCAGGGCGGCCAGAAACGGCCGCAUCAAUCACGCUUCCAUUCAGCGCCUCCUCCACAACCUCCUGCAGAAGAGGAGGAAAUGUGUGAAGAUAAACCUCCAGAGGAGGAAGGUGGCUGGUGUGAGGGUAUUAAGGCAACCUUGUCUCUCUUGAGAAGGCCAGGAGAGAAAACGUAUACCCAGCGCUGUCGAUUGUUUGUGGGCAAUCUUCCUACUGAUAUUACAGACGAAGAAUUUAAAAAGCUAUUUGCAAAAUAUGGAGAACCUGGAGAGGUUUUUAUCAACAAAAGCAAGGGUUUUGGAUUCAUAAAGUUGGAAUCCAGGGCAUUGUCAGAAAUAGCAAAGGCAGAACUUGAUGACUUCCCCAUGAGAGGUAGACAGCUAAGGGUUCGUUUUGCAACACAUUCAGCAGCCCUCUCUGUACGCAACCUAUCUCCCUUUGUGUCUAAUGAGCUUCUGGAGGAGGCAUUUAGUCAGUUUGGCCCAGUUGAAAGGGCUGUAGUUAUUGUGGAUGAUCGUGGACGGUCUACAGGAAAAGGAAUUGUGGAAUUUGCUUCAAAACCAGCUGCCAGAAAAGCAUAUGAGAGAUGUAAUGACGGUGUCUUCCUUUUAACCACAACUCCAAUGCCGGUUAUUGUGGAGCCACUUGAGCAGUUUGAUACCGAAGAUGGGCUGCCAGAGAAACUUGCCCAAAAAAAUCACUUAUUCCAAAAGGAGCGGGAAAUCCCACCUCGUUUUGCACAGCAUGGCACAUUUGAGUUUGAGUAUUCCCAGAGAUGGAAAUCUCUGGAUGAGAUGGAAAAACAACAAAGGCAACAGGUAGAGAAAAACAUGAAGGAUGCAAAGGAGAAGCUUGAAAGUGAGAUGGAUGAUGCUUAUCAUGAGCAUCAAGCUAACUUGUUGCGUCAAGACUUAAUGAGACGCCAGGAAGAGCUGCGGAGAAUGGAGGAAAUGCACAACCAAGAGAUGCAGAAGCGCAAGGAAAUGCAAUUGAGACAGGAAGAAGAACGCCGUAGACGAGAGGAAGAAAUGAUGCUUCGUCAACGUGAAGUGGAAGAACAGAUGAGGCGGCAAAGAGAAGAUGGCUAUCGCAUGGGUUAUAUGGACCAAAGAGAAAGGGAUAUGCGCAUGGGUACAAAUUCCAUGACCCUGGCAGAUCAAUAUGGUUCUGCAAACCAGUACCCUUUAGGAACAACUGGCAUGAGCUAUGAGAGCAACACUGCAGUGGCACAAGCUACUAUUGGAGCGUCUAUGUUGGGAAGCGAUAUGCGUAAUGAUCGCUUUGCCCAGGGAAGUACAGGGUCUCCCAAUGCCCAAGCUGCGAGAGGGAUGGGAACUGUGCAACCUGCUGCAACUGCAGGCACUACAAGUUAUGGGAGGGGAAGAGAGGAAUAUGAGGGCCCCAACAAGAAGCCUAGGUUCUAAGUUCAAACUCCCUUAGUUUUCAUUCCAAACGUUAUAAUUCAUUUUUUUUCUUUUUUUUUAUUCUUGCAUUUUAGUAAGAAAAUAUUUUUAUGGAUGUUAGCUUGAUUCUGUAUUUGUGGUCUAAUGGAGGCUUAAAUAUUUCCACACUUACUAUCCCCAUCCUUAUUUUAUGGCAGUAUAGCUUACAUUUUGUAAACGUGCGUUAAAAAUUUUGAACCAUAGGCAGACUAAGCCAUUUCAUGUUUAUUAUACAACUGAUGGCUGGAAAAUACUUAAGCUGUGGAUACAAAAACUGAGUAAAGAUUGAAUAGCUUGGUGAGAACUUUGCAUGACUUGCCUUGUCUCGGUAUUCUGUCAUCCAGUAUCCAGCUCCAAAGCUGUUGGGCUGCUGGGUCCAAUGCAUAUUAAAUGUUCUAUGUGCAGCUAAAGUGGUGACAGUGUUCUGAUACUGUGAAGAUGGUAGUCUUAGCAGCUUCAGCCAAACUCCUAUGUGUAUAGAAAGAAGAAAUAAUCUCCACUGUGGAUUUAAUGGUCUGAGCUGGAACUAUCAAUACUUUACCCCCUUCCCUUGUGUAUUCGAGCUUUUUGUGGCCUGAACAAGAGCUCCAUGAAACUGUCCUUUAAUAUGGGUUGUAUUAAAUAACUUCUAAAUAAAAUAAACAUUGUGCAA